GUCUUUCUUCCACGUGAGAGCGGAAUUGCGGCCCUCCUUUCCGCGUCUCUCUCUUUACCAAAAGAGCUCAUCAAAUUCAAAAAUGGAAAAAGAGGAGAAAAGCUUCUUUUCAAUUUCAAAAGUUGAAAAUUUUUGUACUUUUCUUAAUGAAUUCUUCGUCUGCUUUUCGACGAAACCUUAUUGGAGAAGAAAAUUUUUAUUGUCAUCGUUUUCACUGGUCAACACCGUUUCCUGGAUAAACAGCUAUUGCCCUUUUAAGCUCCUUUUGUUUGGAUUUGGUCAGAAUCGAAAGCCCAUUUGAAUUUUCGAAAUUCCUGCUUAUAUUUGGGAUUUUUAUUUUUGUUUCUGUUUAUAGGGCCAAAAUAAGGGUUCAUUUCGGUUCUGAUAGCUCCUCCUUAAGUUAAUUUUCUUUUGAGCUUAUUUAUAUUGAUUCUGUGCGUCAUUUGAUUAGAUAUUUUGGCGUUUUAUGGAAGAUAAAUUCCGGGUUUUGUUUGGUUGAUUGAAUGCUGAUCCAAAGUUUCAAUUUUUGGUAACAUAUUGUAUCCGGGUUUUGAAGAAUUUGUAUUUAGGUGAUCGAUUAGUUUUGGGAUCGUUCUUGACAAAAAUAACAGUGGGUACGAGUCGAAUGUUCCAAGUUUGAAGCUUUUUGGGUAGCUGUGCGUUAUGACGGUUUUCUAGGGUUUUGUUUCAGUAAGGGGUUUUGCCAUUGAUGAAAUGAGAAGAAUACUGUAUGCUGACAAUGGUGAUUCAACAACAAAUGAUUCGCAUACAGUCAAAUUAUGUCCUGUUCUUGGUGAUUUUGCUUUGUACAUCUUUGGUGUGGAGCUUGGAACACAGAAAGAGGACAGAGGAAGUGUCUCUGAGUCAAUUAGUUGAUCCAAUGACUGAGGAGGUUGAUGAGGGCAUGGUAGAGCUAUUAUGGGUCAGUUGCAGGCUAGAUUUGAUUUGUUUGAAGGAAGCUAAUGAGGAUCUCAACUUCUGUUUUCCGGAGGAGAUAUCUGAUGCAGCUAGUGAAAGUAAUUCAAAGAGUAGGUCACUGACAAAAGAACAUUUUCGGAAAAUGAUUAAAGUCCAGAAUCCACAGUGGAAGCAAACUCUUCUAGGUUGUAUGAGAAAGAACAAUAUUCUGUUCCAUGCUUCUAGAGAAAGUGGCUCUAAUAUUCAGCAUAGCAGGUAUCUUGAUUCUGCAUUUCCUAUGCCUGAUGGUCCAAAAAGGAAUUUGCUCCAGAGUGCCUCUGACCCUGUCCUUACCGAUAAAUCACUAGCUGCUGAUCUGGCACCUUCAUUUGAAGGAGGUGAUGAAUCGCCACCCUCAGAUAUGGAAGUUGCUUCUGCAGGUUCAGUUUCUGAUCCAAAUGUUGAGCCAGAUAGUCACAGAAAUAACCGUAAAGUAAUAGUUAUUGCAGUUGUUGUGACUGCAGCAGUGACAUCUGCCUUUGCAGCACUGUUCUUUUUUUGCUGUACUAAGAUUUGUCGAAGAAGCUCUGGAGGUAGACUAAAUGAUGAAAAACCUCUUCUUAGCCUGAGCCUAAGUGACUACUCUACUGGUUCUCACAAGUCUUUUGGUUUGCUAAAUUCUAUUAAAGAAGAGAACUUUGAUCAUCAAUCUUUCAAUAAGAACUCAAGCCAUCAUAGAAAGGGCUCAUCUUUGGACAGCAUCAUGUCUGAUGUUCUCCGUGCCUCACUAGAUGAAAUUGCACUCUCUGCUGAAUCAAUCGGGAAAUCUAGCAAUACCAUUGCUCUGGUACCUCCUCCUCCUGGAAGGGUUGAUAGCAUGCUUCCUUUGAAGCCUCCUCCUGGAAGGGUUGAUAGUAUGCUCCCUUUGAAGCCUCCCCAUGGAAGGGCAGUCCCCCUUCCUCCUGAACCACCUGCUUCUCUCAGGCCUCCUCCCAGCAAGGCUGGUCCCCCUCCCCCUCCACCACCUCAUGCACUGCCGCCUCCUCCUGCAAGAGCUUCAGGCAGUGUGGGUCCUCGCCCUCCUGGACCACCUCCUCCACCAACUGUGACUUCUGGUGCCAAAUCUGGUCCAUCUCCACCACCACCUCCAAAGGGCGGUCCAGCUCCUCCCCGACCACCACCACCGUUGCCCAUGGGUUCAAAGGUUCCUCGCCCACCUUCUGGAUUAAAGCGUCCCCCUAAUGCAGCACCAGUUGAAGGAGAUGGUGCAGAGGGUGAUGCCAAUACUCCUAAAGCCAAGCUGAAGCCAUUUUUCUGGGAUAAAGUUCUAGCCAAUCCUGAUAAUUCAAUGGUUUGGCAUCAGAUUAAAGCAGGAUCAUUUCAGUUCAAUGAGGAGAUGAUAGAAACACUGUUUGGAUAUGCACCUACUGACAGAAACAGAAGUGAUCGCAAGAAAGAGUCUUCCUCCCAUGAUUCUGCAUUUCAUUAUAUUCAGAUCCUUGAUACCAAAAAGGCGCAAAAUUUAUCAAUUCUUCUGCGGGCACUAAAUGUUACAAUAGAAGAAGUUUGUGAUGCACUUCAUGAAGGAAACGAGCUUCCCAUAGAACUCCUACAGACUUUGUUGAAAAUGGCACCUACAGCAGAUGAAGAACUGAAGCUGAGGCUGUACAGUGGUGAACUUUCUCAACUUGGGAAUGCUGAACGGUUCCUGAAGGUCUUGGUUGACAUUCCAUUUACUUAUAAACGAUUGGAAGCUCUGCUUUUCAUGUGUACUCUACAGGAAGAGGUUGCCACUACUAAGGAAUCCUUUGAAACCUUGGAGGUUGCUUGCAAGGAACUCAAAAACAGUAGAUUGUUCCUCAAGCUUCUAGAAGCUGUUCUUAAAACUGGCAACCGCAUGAAUGAUGGAACAUUCCGGGGUCGUGCUCAAGCAUUUAAACUUGACACACUUUUAAAAUUAUCUGAUGUGAAGGGAACAGAUGGUAAGACCACACUGUUGCACUUUGUUGUUCAGGAGAUAAUCCGCUCCGAAGGUGUGAGAGCUGCCCGUGCAGCAAGGGAGAGUCGAACAUUCUCAAAUAUCAGUGUGAAAACUGAUGAUCUCCUCGAGGAUGUUACCCCUGAUACAGAAUAUGACUAUCGCAAAACUGGUCUUCAGGUGGUUUCUCGUUUGAGUAGUGAACUAGAAAAUGUCAAAAAAGCAGCAGUUAUCGAUGCUGAUAGCUUAACAGGAACUGUUGCCAAACUGGGCUAUUCACUGUUAAAAACCCAAGAUUUCCUGAACAAGGAUAUGAAGAGCUUAGAGGAAGACAGUGAGUUCCAUGAAGCAUUAAAAAGUUUUGUACAGACUGCUGAGGUUGACGUCAUGUGGUUGCUGGAGGAAGAGAAGAGAAUUAUGGCUCUGGUGAAGAGCACUGGUGAUUACUUCCAUGGGAAUGCAGGGAAGGAUGAAGGCUUACGUCUGUUUGUUAUUGUGCGGGACUUCUUGAUCAUCUUAGAUAAGGUGUGCAAACAGGUGGGAGAGGCACAAAAGAUGUCAGAAAAAUCACUUAAGAAAGAGGCAUCAACUGCAUCAUCUCACUCUUCCCGCCAACAACAACAAAUUUCUCCUGAUCCCCGCCAACAACAACAGAUUUCUCCUGAUAUUCGUUCACGGUUAUUUCCAGCAAUUCAAGAGCGGAAGAUUGAAAAUUCUAGUUCAGAUGAUGAGAGUGAAUGAACCAUCUGGAAUAGGUCGCUUUUAGGAUGAAAGUCCCUUAAAUUUCUGAAAAGGAGGGAUCAAUGAAAAGUAAGCAAUUGUGUUGAUAGUUCUUAUCCUGGCUAAUUUCACUAUGGUAGCUGCAUUAGUGGAGCAAACAUCACAAUCACUUUCACCAGAUUUCCCAGUGGUCAGAAGGAUUCUCAUCCAGCUAACUUGUGCAUUAGUAGUUAGAUACAAAAGUAAUUUUCUUUUUAUUUGAAAUUCUUUUUUUUUUCCCCUGAGAUUAAAAUGGUGUAAUUCGUAGUUAGAUACAAACGUAAUUUUCUUUUUAUCUGAAUUAUUUGCCUUUUUUCUCCAGAGAUAAAAGUGGACCAAUUAGCAAGUUAGUUCUCAAAUUAGAAGUUAUUUGUACUGUCUUAAAUGUAUAUGGAGGAAAGUAUAUAUUUUUCUAA